ACAACGCGCGGAAGCCUCGUUCAUACGGAGCGUGGCCAGAAGAACAGGACAAGUAUUAUUUCAGCAGCCACCGGAAGACUCUCCCUCGACGAUUCGCUGGAGUUGCGGGUGGUCUUUGGAAAGGCUUCAGGAUCACCGGAAAAUCUGCAAAUUCGUCAACAACGUCGCUUGCUUUGGUCGAUAAUUCUUCACAUUCACCCUCAGUCACGUCCGCCAUGUCCACGCCCGAAGGUCCUUCGACGCCCUUGACGAACUCAAAUGGCGUCUUGCCCCACGACAGUCCUGUAGAUGCUUCACCUUUCGAUACCUCUCUCUUUCGCUCCUACCUCCUGUCUUUGCUCCCUCCAGUCCUAGGCGCUUCUCCGGUUGAGCUGGAAUCCCUCUUUGACGAUGAAUUCGACGAACGCGUCUCUCGCUUUGCCGCAGAAGGCGGUGGUGUAAUAUAUGUAGUAAAGGUCAAAGACGAAGGCGAGGCAGAGGACGCCCCACCCUCAUUUUCUUUUCAGCUUACACCUCACUUGAGUUAUUCCCAAUCGCACGUCACCUCCCUCGCACUCAUCAAACGCGGACCCACACUCGAUCCGCUCAGCCCACUCGCGACUCAGUUGCAUAUAUUGAACCUUUUUGGCGGCGAUGAGACGCCAUAUGAGAGUUUGCAUGCCGUGGUCAGCUGUGGUGUGAAACCAUGGUUUGACGCAUUCGUCGGUGCCCGCGGGAGCGGUAAGGACGGUGAUACCAAGAUGGGGAUACCGAUGACUAAAAAAAAGUUUGCGGAACUUGAGUUAUCAUUACUUCACUUGCAGCAGAACGUUGAGAUACCCGAAACGCACCUGAUUAUCCACCCCGUCAUUCAGCGAGCCGUCGAACAGGCUCAAUCGUCUGGUACCCGGCCAAAUAUCUCCCACAUCCCAGCCAAGCUGCUAAAUGACAGUACAUUCCUCAACACUCUCCAUGGCCACGUGAAUUCGUGGAUAAAGUCCAUUCAGGCAGUGACAAAGCUCACUCGAGAUGUCUCGUCCGGUACGGCCUCUCAAGAGAUCAACUUCUGGCUAAGUCUUGAGAGAGCAUUGGAGGGUAUUGAGGCGCAGCUGAGAAGUGACGAGGUGAACAUGGUAAUGGACUGUCUGAGAAACGCGAAGCGAUUCCUCGCGACUGUCAGUUUCAUCGCAGACACCGGACUCAAGACGUCGACGGACCUAGUACACAAGUAUAACCAGCUCAUGAAAGAUUUCCCACUAAACGAACUUCUUUCUGCGACGGACUUGGACAAGAUACAAGAGUCCCUCGUGCUUAUUUUCGGCCACAUCAACCGUAAACUCAAACUAUCGCCAUAUCCUAUACGCAGAGCACUUCCGUUGGUAGAGGCGAUCUCUCGCGACUUCAACGAUCAGCUGUUGCGUGUGCUCACUUCUCACCGUCUACCCUAUACUCCCUACGAAACGUUUGACCGUCUCCUGUCGCUUGCGAUGAACAUAUUCCGCACUUGGGACGACCUGAUCAAAGAAUUUACGAAUGUUGCCCGUGAAGUCACGCGAAAACGCUCUGAAAAAUUCAUACCGAUCAAGGUGGUGCCGGCACACGCAAAGUUGCAGGAACGGACGCGGUAUCUGCGAGACUGGCGGAAACAACACGAGCAGCUUGCGGUCAUGACCGGUCCUACGAAAGGUCUUGGGAGUGUCGGGAAGGAGGUUGGUGGUAUGGACAUGGAAGAAGAAGUGAAAGAGGCAUACGAAGUGGUCAAACGAAUUGAUGUCUUGGACGUCUCAGUUGGUGACCUGGAUGGUGCGACAGAGGGCACCGAGAUCUGGAUUACGGCCGAGAACGCAUAUAAUGAACGCGUUGCCCGUGUUGAAAACCAGAUAAUCGCACGGCUGCGCGAUAGGCUUGGUACGGCGAGAAAUGCCAAUGAGAUGUUCAGGGUAUUCUCAAAGUUCAAUGCCUUGUUUAUUCGAGGAGCCAUCCAAGAGUACCAGACUCAACUGAUCGACUCCGUCAAGGAAGAUAUCAAGCGGUUGCACGACAAGUUCAAAACGCAAUAUCGAUUCUCAGAAGCAUAUCAUAUGUCGCAAAUGCGCGAUUUGCCACCAAUAGCAGGAGCAAUUAUAUGGGCACGGCAGAUCGAAAGACAGCUGCUCACCUACAUGAAGCGGGUGGAAGAUGUGUUGGGCAAGGGAUGGGAGCUGUAUGCGGAGGGUCAAAAGCUGCAGUCGGAAAGUACUGCUUUCCGCAAGAAACUUGACACCCGCCCGGUAUAUGAAGCCUGGCUGCACGACAUUAAUCGUCGCGAUAUGGGUGUCAAUGGCCGUCUAUUUGAGAUCGUGCGGUUGAGGGGAGGCGGAUACCAGUUGGCCGUGAACUUUGACCCUCAGAUCAUCACUCUUUUCAAGGAGGUCCGAAAUCUUCUUUGGCUUAAUUUCCAAGUCCCUCAUGCUAUCACGAAUAUGGCCAAGGACGCUAAAAGAGUGUACCCCCAUGCCGUCAGCUUGAUGGAGACAGUUAGGACAUAUGGGCAGACUCUGGAUUUGGUCGAGAAUAAUAAAGGGAUCGAAUGGCUUGUAGCAGAGUACCGGAAUGAAGCGCAGAGAAUGGUUGCCAAAGGGAUGAAUAUCCGAUGGGAUUACUUUGUCAACCAAUACGACACGGCUCGAUAUGUGUCUAGUGCUGAUGGCCGCGACAGCAGACACAUACAAUUCGUCCGGGAGUUUGCUAGCGUUGUUUCUAUUCUGCAGGACAAAACGAAUAGUGUGAUCGACCUGUAUAGAGAUAUCCUUCGAGCUGUUGAAGACCUCGCCACAUGUCCAUAUACAACGGAAGCAUUCUCGGAACUUUUGAGUAAGGUCCAGGCUGCCAUUGACCGGCUGAAUUUGGAGGGCUAUGCUAACCUCGAACAUUGGGUUGCUGAACUCGACAAGCAGAUAGAAGGCAUCCUUUUGCAACGCUUGACACAUAUUAUACAGACUUGGUGUGCUGAAUUCGAUCGGUCGGAUGAUGGGGACAGUCGACGUGAUGUCAUACCACUACGAGACAUCACUAACAAACGGCGCGGCGGUAAAGUCCUGAAGGAAGAAAAGCACAUGGAAGGAAACAUGACAGUGAAACCCAUUAUACAUGAAAUCCGGAUACAGAACCAGGUCAUUUUCCUUGAUCCGCCAAUAGAAUAUGCUCGUUCCACGUGGAUCAAACAACUGCACGAGUGGCUUGGGGUUAUAUGUAGUUUACGUCGGAUACAAAGUUCGCGGUACGAGAUUGGCCUCCAGAUGCAGGGUGCUGCAGCGUCAGAAACGACGUAUACAUCACUUCUCACACACUUUGCUGAUAGCACUCUCGACCGUCCAUUCGCUUUGAUAGAGAACAAAGUCCAGCAGCUGAAAGAUUAUGUCGCCAAGUGGCUUCAAUUCCAGUCGCUGUGGGACUUGGAAGCCGAAUAUGUGUUUAAUCGCCUAGGGGACUCGUUAGCGCACUGGCAGCAACUGCUUACUGAGAUCAAGAAAGCGAGAUCCACGUUCGACACAUCAGAAACCCAGAAGUCAUUCGGCGUAUGCGUCAUUGACUACGAGCAAGUACAGGCCAGAGUCAAUGCUAAGUACGAUGCUUGGCAACGUGACAUUCUGAGCAGGUUCGGGGUGAAACUGGGGAAUGCUAUGAAGGAGAUGCAUGCAUCUAUCUUGAAAGCGAGGAACGACCUGGAGCAUCAUUCCAUAGAAGGUUUACUAGGAGGAACACGGAGAUUCUGAUACAUAUACUUUAUACCCCCUGUUGGAAUCUUGCCAUUCAUUACUUCGCGUCUCAUGUAUAUGUUGUGUGUCUUGCAUGCAUAUGUCUGUCCUGUAUUGUUUCGUCUAAUGGCUACAUAAUGGAUUUUUAUUCUUAAUGGAACAUAUAUAAAAAGUGGUGUGGUCGCGGUUGAACGCGUAAAAUAAAGAAUACAUACGGUAUUAUAUCACAUUGUCCCAUGAAAGCCGUUACCAUCUAGUAAUGUCUGCCUCUGCCUCUCCGAACAAACUUGUCUUUUUGAUCGCAAACCCUUCAGUAGGUUCUUCUUCAACGUCUUUUUCGUAAUAUUCUGGGAAUUCCCUUCUGAGAAAUCCUGAUAUAUGCUUGUUGAUCUGCUCGAACUCGAGCAAGAAUCCAUCAUGUCCAUCGGGUGAUGGUAUGAUCACCAACUCCGCACCAGGAAUGUGCUCCGACAGUUCAUGCUGUUCACUAGUCGUGAACAACCCAUCAGUUGCGAUGCCUAUCACGAGGGCGCGAGGGGGCAAUUUGGACAGGAUUUCACCGACGGCAACGGACCGUUCGUCUGCCUCCAAAGGGAAAGACGACUCUACCGUCCUACCUCGUGCAACGUCAUGAGUGUCCAUCUUCCGAGUGAUGUGUAUGUAGCAGUUGGCGUCGAAGCGAGCGACGAAUUUACUGCCUUGAUAGCGCAGAUAAGACUGGGCGGAGAAGAGUGGUGAUGGUUUUGUGGGUGAUGUUGCGCCUUGGUCGUGGUCUGACGAGGGAGGGGAUCGCCUGGGUGUUUCAGCUUGGGAACGGGAAGCCUUUCGAUGGCCCUCAUUGUGAGCAGCAAGUGCCUGAUCUGCGAGACUGAUAUUGACAGAUGUGACGCCGUUAAACUCAGAUGCUGGCGGCUGCUGAGGUCUUCUCCCAAAGCGGCUCUCGAAAGAGUCGCGAGAGCGGUAGGUCAAGAGUGCAGCCAUGCGUGCGGCGCCCAGCCCUGAUGUUGGUUGAUUUCCGUAGUAGCCGUCAUCGUAGUCUGGAUCGCUGUAUAUACUCUGACGCUGUGCCUCUCCCCAGCUUAUACACCACGCAGAGUGACGAGCUGAGGUAGCGAGAGGGAUGAUGUGGCGUACGUAGCCCGGGGGACUGCAUAGCGGCCACUCCAGGACUGCCAUUCCACCCAUAGACCCUCCGAUAGCGACUGCAACAGAAACUACGCCAAGAUGAUCGAGGACGAGUUUGUGUAAUCGUACGUCAUCGCGGAUCGAUGUACAGGGAAAUUCUGGGCCGUAGGGCUUUCCUGUGUCUGGGUUGGUUGUGACGGGUGAGGCAGAGCCGUAUGGCGAUCCCAUGACAUUACCGCAGAAAAUGAAGUAGCGGCUGGGAUCGAAAGCUUUAUUGCGACCCAUGAGCGGACCCCACCAGUCCUCGACGUCUGCACUACCGGUAAACGCAUGGCAGAUAACCAUUACAUUGUCCCUCGUCUGGUUCAUCUUGCCCCAUGUCUUGUAGGCCACUGGUACCUCUCGCAAGGUGCUUCCACAUUCCAAUGUAAACGAAGGAACGAUAUGAAUGUCCUGGUCCACGAGCGAGGAUAUCGAAGUCAUGAGUAAGUUAUCCUAUCCUAGUUUCGAGUCAGCUUCCGAGUCCCUGACUUCCUGUCUGCUGUGUGACUCAGAUAUGGCGCGAUUCCCCCGCUGCCUUCUCGAAAAUUUACGCUUAAGAGAUGAUAAGAGUGUAAUGAGUUAGGAUUCAAAAAAUAAACAUUAUACAAUGCAGCCGAGCGUUAUC